AUUAAAUUACCUAUCAAAUUAAAUAUUCCCAAUGGCAUCAUCCAUGACCUUGACCACCUCCUUCUUUGGUGGCGCCGUCGCCGCAAAGCCGGCCACGGUCACCACCCGUCGCAGCAGCCAGCUGGUGGUGAGGGCCUCGAUGGACUUGGAGAAGGCAGUGGCGGCAGCCACAGAGACCACCAACACGAGACGAGACCUCGUGUUGGCAGGCAUGGCCGCAGUAGCAGCAUCAUCCGUCGCAAAAGCCGCGACAGCUGAACCGUUAAUCGGCGGGUAUUCUCCGGUGAAUCCAUGUACACCGGAGAUUUUAGAACUCGCGAAAUUCGCGGUGUCGGAAUACAACAAUAAGAAUAAAGCGGCCUUGGUUGUGGAGUAUGUGACAAGCGCUGAAACCGCGCCAGUAGCUGGUUUCAACUACAAGAUUGGGAUCGCCGCCAAGGAUACUCGCACCGGCAACAUCAGCAACUACGUCGCCGUUGUUUUCUGCCCAUUUGGGUCUAAAAAAUUCGAGCUCAUUUCCUUCGAACCACUCAGUAACUAGAUUGUGUCCUCUUUUCUCUUUUUUCCAUUUCUUCAUAAUUUUCUUCGCAAUGUUUUUUAUAGGAUCAUAAAGUAAGUAGAGCUUGGGAUAUGAAAUGCCUCCCAUUUGUCCUCGAGAGCACCUUCGUUUCCUAAGCAAACUACGGUUUCUAUAGUUUGUGAAGAAAGAACAAUGAGAGAAUCGUGAAUGAGAACAAAGUUAUACAAUAAUGUCCCAUUUUGCUAUUUUGUAUGUCCACAUUUUAAAUUCUCAUUUUUUUUUCACUUUUACUAAUUAGACGUCACACUUGACUAAAUCAUCACACUCACAUUUUAUUAUAAAACUAAUAUAUAAAAGUCAUCCAAUUAUUUUGUG